UGUGAAUCCCAAAGUCUGUAAAAUCAGACACUAAUCCGAUUCUCUUUAUCAGCGCAUGACUGGCUACCUUCCUUCACCAGCCUCUUGGCCCACCUCCCCUUCCCAUCUCUGCAGCAUCUCUCCCCUCUCUCCUUUCCCAGAUCCCUUCUCAAAUCUCAAAACCAUCAUCAAAAUUCAAACUUUAUCACAUGUCCAUGGACUCAGCCACCAGCGAAAGCUUCCAGUCCUCUAACGCCGGCGGCGCCGUCCCCGGCGACUUCGAAGACUUCGAUUCCCGUCCCCCUCCCGACUCAAUUUCCUCCUUCCUCAACCUCCCACCACCCCAACCUCCUCCGAUCCCCCAAACAUCUCGCUUAAUCUUCGACCCCUUCCCCUCUUACCCCUCCAAUUCCUUCCUCGCCGACCUUGACGCCACCAACUGGCCUCCGCCGCCGCCGCCACCCCUUCACCAUCCCUCUUCCACACCCAACCCCGCGUCAUCUUCCGCUGCAGCUCCUCGAACUUCUAAAAAACGCUCGCGUGCCUCCCGCCGCGCUCCGACCACAGUCCUCACCACCGAUACCUCUAAUUUCCGCGCCAUGGUUCAAGAGUUCACAGGCAUCCCUGCCCCUCCUUUUGCCACGUCAUCCCUCUUCUCCCGGCCUCGUCUCGACCUCUUUAACCACUCUUCAUCCUCCUCCUCAACCCCAAGUUUCCUUCUUCGUCCUUUUGCGCAGAAGCGGCAGGCAACUGGAGUUUCUGGUUCCAUCGCUGGCAUUUCAUCAAACACCUUGGCUUCAACUAGCACCAUCCAAAACCAAAAUUUCUUUUUGAGCAGUCCAACUUCUUCGCUCAACUUGCAAUCAUUGCUCCAAGAACAGCAGCGAGCGAUGGCUCUAUGUCAGUGGCCGCCGGGAGGGUAUGCCGGUGGAGAACUCGGGAGUGUUAUCGCCGGCACGUCUGCGGACGCUGAUUCGAUGAGGAUUGGCAGCUGCAAAGCGGAUCACACGGGGUCUUCUCGUUCGGAAAAGCAGGCGGUGGUCGAGGGGUUCUCGGCAGCACCGGCUCCGCCGCAUGCAGCGGCAAGGGGAGAAAGUGGAAUGGAUGCUUGGCAGAUCUCUUCUGAUUAGGGUGAACAAAUUGAGAAGGAGAAAAGAAGCGGAUCACUAGCUUGAAUUAAUGCCUUGGUAGUAUAUGAGAAGGUACAACACUGUCUGCAUAAAUUUACUUUUAUAUAAGCAUUUCAGUGUACAUAAUUGGAGCUAGUAUUUGUGCAUUUGCUGACGAGUUAUAAUACGCUUAAAAGUAAGGAUUAUAUGAGAUUUUUGUGGAAAGAUUUGGCCUUUUUGGAAGAUUAGAUUGGAACAUGGGAAUAGAAGGUACAGCUGCUCCUUUUUUAUUUUUGUGUUUUUUUGUAUAGAUAUUAAUUUGAGCACGUACAUAUGUGCAUUAACCCUAAAUACUGCUUUAUGGGGUUUCCCAUAGCAUGCAAGUCCAUUAUAUUUAUGUAUUGUAUAGGUGGAAAUAUUCGGCUACUGAUG